CCGACUGACGAAGCCAGCCGAAGCCGCACGGUGAAGCGCCUUGCACGGACACAGCAGACCGGGGCGAGCCGCUGAGUUACAGCCACACCGGAGCCACGACGCACACGGGCAGGCGGACGGGAAAAACGACACAGCCAUGCGGAGGAAAUCGAGGAUAUUGUUAUGUUUUGCGGUGCUGUGGGUGCUGGGAAUAGCCUACUACUUCUACUCGGGGACAGCGUUGAGUCGAAAGGAUGAUUGGGGCUCCAGUGACUUGUCCAUCAGAAACAAAGCUCACAACUCUGAUGACAAGACUCACAGCCUGGAGACUCUGCCGCCAGGUAAAGUACGCUGGCAGGAUUUUGACCAGGAUCUGUACGUUGGAGCCACGGUGGUUCGACCAGGUCAGGACCCGUACGCCAGGAACAAGUUCAACCAGGUGGAGAGUGACAAACUUCGUAUGGACCGAGCCGUGCCCGACACAAGACAUGACCAUUGCAGACACAAGCAGUGGAAAUCGGAACUGCCAGCCUCUAGUGUGGUCAUCACCUUCCAUAAUGAAGCCCGCUCUGCUCUGCUGCGGACUGUGGUCAGUGUCUUGAAGAAAAGUCCUCCUCACUUGGUCAAAGAGAUCAUUUUGGUUGACGACUACAGUGAUAACCCGGAAGACGGAGCGCUGCUUGGAAAGAUUGAGAAAGUGCGCGUGUUGAGAAAUGACCGCAGGGAAGGUCUGAUGCGUUCAAGGGUUCGUGGUGCAGACGCUGCCACGGCGCCAGUGCUCACCUUCCUGGACUCUCACUGUGAAUGUAAUGACCACUGGUUAGAGCCGCUACUGGAGAGAGUGGCUGAGGAUAAGACCAGAGUAGUGUCUCCUAUAAUUGAUGUCAUCAACAUGGACAACUUCCAGUACGUAGGAGCCUCGGCUGAUCUGAAAGGAGGUUUUGACUGGAAUUUGGUCUUUAAAUGGGACUAUAUGACUCUGGACCAGAGACGAGCUAGACAAGGAAACCCCAUUGCCCCAAUAAAGACUCCGAUGAUAGCAGGAGGUUUAUUUGUCAUGGAUAAGGAAUACUUUGAGCUGCUGGGGAAGUAUGACAUGAUGAUGGAUGUAUGGGGUGGAGAAAACCUGGAGAUCUCGUUUCGUGUGUGGCAGUGCAGUGGCAGUCUGGAGAUCAUCCCAUGCAGCAGAGUUGGCCACGUCUUUAGAAAGCAACAUCCAUACACCUUCCCUGGAGGCAGCGGGACUGUGUUUGCAAGGAACACACGGAGAGCAGCAGAAGUGUGGAUGGAUGAGUACAAAAACUUCUACUACGCUGCUGUCCCCUCAGCGAGAAAUGUACCCUACGGAAAUAUUCAGAGUCGUUUGGAGAUGAAGAAGAGAUUAGGCUGUAAGCCGUUCAAAUGGUACCUGGAGAAUGUCUACCCUGAACUGCGGGUCCCAGAUCACCAGGAUAUAGCAUUCGGAGCGCUGCAGCAGGGAGGAAACUGUCUGGACACACUGGGUCAUUUUGCUGAUGGGGUGGUCGGCGUCUAUGAAUGCCACAAUGCAGGGGGAAACCAGGAAUGGGCCCUGACCAAGGAUAAAUCCGUCAAACACAUGGACUUGUGUCUGACUGUAGUGGACAGAACAGCCGGGUCCCUCAUCAAACUACAAGGCUGUCGAGAGAAUGACAGCAGACAGAAAUGGGAGCAGAUUGAGUCCAACUCGAAACUUCGUCACGUGGGCAGUAACCUUUGUCUGGACAGCCGCAGUGCCAGGAUGGGCGGACUCACUGUGGAGGUCUGCAGCCCCAGCCUCAACCAACAGUGGAAGUUCACCCUCAAUUUACAAUCAUAGGGGGAUGCUACACACCCCGGGAAGAGUUGGACAAUGGAUAGAGACACAAACAGACUCUGAGACGCGGAUAAGAAGAUGGAUGUAGACUCGAGGAGAAAGACAAACUUGACGGAUAAAUCGAUCCUUCUUGCGCCUCCUCCUCCUCCUCCUCCUCCUCAGACAGAGGUGAAGCCAGUCAUGUCUACACCCCUCUCCCCCACCUCACCCCUCCCAAACUAAAACAAAGAGCCACACCCACUGGGGGAGGGGUUUGUAGACCACAAUGGAGUAAACAGGAAACUCACUAUUUGGUGGCUGGAUGGUGAUGGUGAUGAUCAUGAUGAGGAUAAAAGCGAUGAAGAGGCUUUCCAUCCAAACUACAUACCUCAGUGUUUUUUCAUUGAUGGUUCCAGAGGCAUAUGAUGUGUGAAUUCUUUAUUUUUCUCUCUCUUAUACUUUCUUCAAUGCUGGUGAAAUAGAACUCUUUGAUGUUUUUACUUUGUAAUUAUUUUAUUUUAUUAUUAAUAUUUUUUAUUUCUUACUGUUAAUUCUCUCUGGAAUAUGCAGGAGCUUUUUCUGUUUGUUUUUUCAUGAAAGAAUCGGAUGUUGUUGCACCUCUCCGUUGCUCUCUCAUUGUUGUUUUUCCACACCGAGCAAGAGCCUGUAACAGCAGACAGAGGCUUCAGGUUGUGGUUUUUGUGAGGUUUGGUUGUAGAGUGUCAUAAACGGAAGGAAAGGACUCUAUUCCCUGAGCUUUUCAUCUCGUUUAAUCUCAUUGGUUUACAGGAGAAAAGAGGGGUGGAGAGAAAGAUGUGGUCUGCCUGGUUUUCUUAACAGUUUUUUUUUUCUCCUACAAAUUGUGUGUGAAGUCUCUGUACUUGGGGAGGGGAAGGGGUUAAUGAGGAGGAGAUUUCCCUGUUGUCGCUCGGCGUCGACUUCAGUUUGACCUGGGAAGCAGAGUUCCUGAGGAACUCCAGGAGUGUCUCGAAGCCCACCCUGAGGAUUGACUGUUUGUCUUCAGGCUGUAGCACUGGCUGCUGCAGCAUCCUCGCUUCCACACCAUUAUGUCUCUAAAGACACGAUACACAGAAAGAAAAAAAGAAUUAACCAAAUUUCAAAAGGACUCUUUUUGUGUUUCAGGAAUACCAGAGGAGCGAUUAGAUGUAUUUUCUUUACUGGUUUAGUUCAUACAUCUUCUCUGUCUGUAUUGCCGUUAUUGGUUACUGUUUUAUAAUCACACCCAAACUGGAUUCAAGGAAUUUCAUGUUGCAGCUUCUUUUCUGGAGCUAACAGCUGUUUGCUGCAGAUAGAUAAUAGUGACAUUCAUUAUAUCACCACCAUUAGAUGCCCCGUAUUUUACAGAUCUACUACCUUAAACAUGAGUGAGGUGGUUGUUUUCCCACUUUUUAACACCCGCUGCCUACACUUGGAUGGCAGUAGAAGUACGUACCAGUGUUCAUACAUGAGUAAUAAUAAGGAAGGUCUGUGAUAAAGUCAAGUUGGAAUAUUUGUUUAUAGAGACCUUACAGGUCCCUCUUUUUGUUGACAAAGUAAAACCUUGCUUAUUUCAGCCUGUGAACAGAUCGGAGCUAGACUGAUAUUACCUUAUUGCAGAUAUAUCCGUGUCAGUAACUGAGUUGCAGUACAGAAAUGCCCAAAAAGUUUAAGAAAAUUUAGUAAUGGUUACCAUUAUAUAUGUCAGACAGCAAUGUCAAUGAUUGAUGAUGAAUUGAUGGAUUGAUUUCCAUACCAUAUCUCAGUCAUACUUCUUUGAUUCUUUAAAAAACAAAUAUAA